ACAAGGUGUUUAAACGAACGAAGACAGUUAACUGAUUUGAAUUUGUGCCUUUUUGUCUUUUGUCUUUCUUCCCUUAGGGACCUGGCUGCUGUAUCUGCCGUGCACCUGGAGCAUCGGUCUGGCCGCUGACCCGGGCUGUUUUCCAGACUGGUACAUGCUGUCCCUCUUUGGCACCGGGGCUGUCCUGAUGCGGGGCGCAGGCUGCACUAUCAACGACAUGUGGGACCGGGAAUACGAUAAAAAGGUAACAAGAACAGCCAAUCGUCCCAUAGCUGCUGGAAACAUUUCAACAUUUCAAUCCUUCGUUUUUCUUGGGGGGCAGCUGACGUUGGCCCUGGGUGUUCUUCUGUGUCUCAAUUACUACAGUAUAGCUCUGGGAGCUGCGUCCUUGCUUCUCGUCGUCACCUACCCGCUAAUGAAAAGAAUCACGUACUGGCCUCAGUUAGCCCUGGGGCUGACGUUUAACUGGGGCGCCUUGCUCGGCUGGUCUGCCGUGCGGGGCUCCUGCGACCCGGCCGUCUGCCUGCCGCUGUACUUUUCCGGGGUGAUGUGGACGCUGAUCUACGACACCAUCUACGCCCACCAGGACAAAAGAGACGACGCGCUCAUCGGCCUGAAGUCCACGCGCUUGCGUUUCCGCGGCCACACAAGCGCGUGGCUGGCGCUUCAGGCGCCGCAUGCUGGCCUGGGCCUGGUCGGCCGAGCGGGCCAGACCGCGCCCUACUACGCCGCGCUGCUCGCCGUGGGAGCGCAUCUGGCCCGCCAGGUCUACACUCUCGACAUCCACAGGCCUGAGGAUUGUUGGGAUAAAUUUACCUCCAACCGAACAAUAGGACUCAUACUCUUUUUAGGGAUUGUGCUCGGGAAUUUGUGGAAAGAAAAGAAGACGGACCACACAAAGAAAAACACAGAGAGCAGCAUAGAAAACCAGUGAACGGAGUUUAUCUGGGAAUUCCUACAACAGAUUUUU